GGACGUUCAUCUAUCAAUUUUCUGAUCUGAACGCUGAGACGAACAGAUUGUUAAAAAAUGGCUGGUUCAGACUCCAAGGAAACUGCCCAAGAGGGGAGUGGUAACAAAAGUGUUACCCCCGGAGAAGGAGCCAGCUUUGGCUUCAAGAUGUACAUCUUGUUGGUGCUGACCAUGAAUGCCACGGGGUACAUCCUGUUGAUCCGCUUCACCCGCUCCAGAGACAACGUCCCCAUGUACUUCAGCACCACCACAGUUCUUCUAUCAGAGGUCUCCAAGCUCACCAUCAGUCUCAUGCUACUCACCAAGGAACACAAGAGCCUGAUAGGGAUGAUGAGGGACGUCUACCACAAUGUCCUUUGUAACCCAUCGGAUACAUUCAAGAUGUGCAUUCCCAGUAUCAUCUAUGCUCUUCAGAACAACCUGGCCUUUGUGGCCUUGUCCAAUCUGGACGCUGCUACCUAUCAGAUAACAUAUCAGUUGAAGAUCAUCACAACAGCAAUGUUCAUGGUGGUGAUGAUAGGGAAGAAGAUCAACCCAAUGCAGUGGCUUGCCAUCUUUCUUCUCUUUGCUGGCGUGGCUGCCGUUCAGGUGGAAUCUGCAAACACGAAAGAAGAUUCAUCCCAUUAUAAUUACAUGAAAGGAUUAAUAGCUAUCAUAGUCUCCUGUCUCUGCUCAGGAUUCGCAGGUGUUUAUUUUGAAAAAGUACUAAAAGGAACCGAGACAACAUUAUGGAUACGGAAUGUUCAGAUGUAUCUAUUUGGUAUCAUAAGCGGUCUUGUAGCAGUAUUUACCAAAGAUUAUAGGAAUAUUAUGGAUCAUGGAUUUCUAUAUGGCUAUGAUGCAUAUGUUUGUUUGAUUAUAGCAAUGGCUAGUAUAGGAGGUUUGUACACAUCCAUUGUGGUCAAGUACCUUGAUAACAUCAUCAAAGGAUUCUCUACAGCAGUAUCUAUCGUCUUAGCAGCUGUAGGCUCAUUUGUUUUCUUUGGGAAGUCCUUUGGGUACCUCUUCAUGGGUGGAUCAGCUCUUGUGACUGUCGCUAUUUAUCUGUACAGCCUUCCCAUGCCAGCUGCAAGCACGCCCAAGGCCAGAGGGCCACAGAAUGUCUAGCGGACCCAACAGUUGACUUGUUGAUAGACUUACAUAGAGGAGGUGAGACUUCUUGUCAGAUUGGAAAUCUUAUUAUAUUCCCAGUCCUGCACCUCAAAGAAUGCAACCCUUGGACUUUUUAGCAAAGGCACCUUUGAAUGGAUUCAUGGAUGAUGAUCACCGAUGUUUGUAUAGCAGUCUUUGUAUACCUUGAAAACCUCAGCUCUUGCUUCCUGUGCAGCACUCACCCAUCAAGAUAUUGGUGCUUCAGUCAUGCCCACCUCAGAUGUGUCACUCUUUGUCUAGAACAGUACCAUGCUAUCUUUUACCUAGUAGUCAGGAGGCUUUUUAAGAAACUUCUUUACAAUAGAUUUCAAAAAUUUAUUUCAAAAAUUGCAAGUAAUUUAAACCAUAUGAAACCUGUUCAUACUUAUUGUUGCAGAAGAUUGACCGGGAAUCUAUUUGCAAAUUUCAAUUGAUUUCAAUACAUAGGCUUGAUUUGUGUCUUUGCAAUCAAUUGACUUGCAACUGAUUGCAAGUUUCAUAAAACACCCCCUGGCUACUGGUAUAUUUAUGUCAUGUAAAGCAUUUUACUGCAUAUAUUACUACGGAGGUGUAUUUUUUUGGUAUAUUUAUAAAAAGUGGACAUUUUUAUUAGUCCAUUUGUAUAGGGAGUUUGUACUUAAAUUAUUUGAGUAGAAUAGUACUCAUGUUGUAUUGAUAUUUGUACCUAGUAUUGAAAGAUGUACAUCAGUCAUAACUGUACAACCCACAGUUUUAGACCAUUGACACGUGGACAUCAACAGCUGACCAAAUGAUGAUACUGUACAUGUGCAUUAAUCCCAAAUGGUCACAAAUCAGUUUGUUUCGCAUUAUGGUUUAAUAUCAAAGCAACCCUUCAUUCAAUUAGUGUAAUUUGUGGAUUCCCAAUCUCUGACAGGCUUUGAUUUUACCUCCCUUUUGUUUGCCUAAUAAGGAGACAACUUAUGAAUCCUACAUUUGAAUGCUAGCUGGGGGGGGGGGGGUAUUUCAUGAAGCUAUUAUUAAACACAUAUGACAAGUUUAUUUUUCUUCCAUUUUCCCCCUUUUUCCCAUGUAUUGAAAAUCAAAUAUUUUGAUCAACAAUUCAUUGUUGUGACCAUUGAAAUAUGCCCUGAUAAUUUUUUUUCUCAAAACUUCUUAAAUAUAUGUAUUUGAAUUUUUCUUUCAUAAUUACUUAGUUUAGUAUUGUGUGUGACUUUUGUAUUGAAGUCAAUCCUUGUACUUAUUUUUACAUUGAUUUUUCAAUAGAUUUUGCUGCAUUAAAUAUUGACUUUGUUCUUAGAAUAUUAGUAUCCUAUCACAAUUUUACCUAUAAUUGAGACAUGUCAAUGUCUGGAUGAAAAUGUAUAAAUUUAUUUGAAAUUAUGCACCCAAAAGAUAAGUUGGAAUAAUGACAUGCCCUCUUAUUUCAUCUAUGAGAAAUUACCUUUAAAAUGAUACUAGAAUCACUCAAUAAACAAUAUUCCAUAUCUGCAACGUAAUUCUAUUAUUAAAAUCAUUUUGUGGAUUUGGGGGCACCUAUUGUAAUGGCAUUCUUUUACCAUUUUAAGCUGUUUGUGUUCUAUCACCUGAACUCAUUUUUUUAUUCUUUUAUUUUCUACUUUCACAUAAGAUAUGGUAUUUAUAGCAUAGAAUUGCCAUAAAAUAGAACAUUCUCACAGAUCUAAACUGUAUUAUGAAAUCAAAUAUGCAUUGUGGAUAUACUGAUAAUAAUUUACAAUCAUUGUAAAAUCACUUCUUUUAGAAGCUUCAUAAAUGAUGUGGGGAUUAACGAUUGACAUUAGUAUUUUUACUAUGAAUAUGAAGUGAGUUUAUAAUUUUCUUGUGAAAAUGACAAUGUCCAGAAACAUUGUAGUGGACAUCUCUUGAGCUUAGAGUUCCUUAAUCUUAAUUGUCAUCCUCCAUAUGAUUAUAUUACUAUUUUUAUUUAUGACAAAAAGUUUCAUAAUUGAUAUCAUUAGUUCAGUAUAUUUUUUCAUAUUGUUUUUAAAAAUAUUUUUGUUUGUUGUAUUGAUUUUAGAGACCAUGUUUUGUACCUAUAUAUUAAAAACAGUGACAUUUUCGUUGUAGGUGUUGGAGACAAUAUUUGAAUUGAAUUUAAUUGUACUAUGUUCUAUUUUUAUCAAGCCCUAAAAUUGGAUUUUAUGUUAUAUUUCUUAAGCCCUAAAAUUGGAUACAUGUACGUCUUGUUGGUUGUGUAACUCAUGAAGGGACGUGUAACAAAGUUAUAAUGACAAAUAUUAUACUUUCUGAAUUGUUUGCCUGUUUGUCAUGUAGAAUCUAUUAUGUUGAUGGAAUGUUUAUUGAACUUUGACUCAAACGUUCUAUAUUCAUAUCAGAUUUAGCACGAACAGAAUAUUUAGUACUUUGAUUUUGGUCAUCGGCAAUUUUUAAUGAAAUUUGUCAUUUUCAUUUGGUUCUUGGUAAUUUGGUACAAUAAUGAUAAGCUACUUAAGUAUUUCAAAUUAUUUUCACUCUAUUAUUGAAAUAAUGAGGAAUUUUGAAAUUAUUUUCAUUUUAUUUUUAUUAUGUUCAGUUCACACAAUACAUUUUAAGAGCAAUAUGUUUGUACCCUGCCAGGGAGGUUGAAAGUUUCUUGGUAAAGUGCAAAUUUAGCCAUGAGUUUCCUUGUGCAAAUUUCCCUUGUAGCUUUCUAUUGAUUUGUGGUUUUUAUUUUUGUUUGUUUUUGGUGUUUUUUUUUUGGUUGAGCUUGUUUGGAAUCUUUAUAAUGUUUAGAUGUUAUCUUGAAUUUGUGGCAUGAACAUCUGUGAUAAUAGAAUAUAGUCUGAUUGCAUAGCUACUCUGCUGUCCACUGACAAAAGGAAGCAACUCUUUGGAAUGGGUUUCUUUGUAAAUGAGGAAAAUGUUUCAUUGUUUUUAUAUGGGAAUAAAUAGAGUUACAUGUACUUGCUAUUGAAAUGUCCAUAUUUCAUGAGUUGCUUCCUUUUGUCAGUGUAGGAAAGUUUUGUUUCUGGCACAUAUCUAAUAUACCAGAAAUCAGGGCCCUGUUACAUAAAACUUUUCAGUAGAGAAAAAUGGUUAUUAUUUUACUAGAGUACAUAUAUUUUCUUGUAGUAAAGUCAAUGGCAGAAUUUCACAAACCAGAGUUUUAAAUCUAUGUUAAAAAGUUGUAUGCAGCAGCCCCCAUAUGGCUUUCCAUAGUUGGUAUCAAUUGGAUCAACUGUAACGCUUUGUAAG